CAUUAUUAGCCAAUGAUCCACGACACAGGGCGGACAGCAAGGGGGUUGAUCCGCUGACAUGCGUGUUCAGCGUACAUGAUUCGUCCUUAAUUCUUGCUGCUGCAGCCUCUUGUCUGCCAUGUUACCUGCAGUGCAGAAAGCCCAUCCAGGAGACUCCCCCCUCAUCGAUCAUCUUCGUUUGAUAUCUACAAGUAGAAUGAUUUGCCCGUCGUCUCUUCUCUUUAGUCGGCUGAAGCUCGCCCACCUCCUGAGAUCUCGCCGUUACCUAAAAAUGAAUUUACCUCAACAGUCUACCAGCAUCCAAUGAACUUGUUUAUCGAUUGGGUUCAUCUUGAAAUAUUGUAUUUUCUUGAAAUGGAUAGUACACUGAAUGUUGCAUCUGCCAUUGCUGGCAUACUAAGCAUGUCUAUACAGAUAGCACAACUGACACAAGCACAAACCUCCAGAGCAGCCCGUCUACCCAGAAGUAUUAAACUGUACCUGUCUGAACUAGUGUCUCUAAAAAGACUGUUUAGCGACAUUCAAGACGCACUGCUUCUUCAAUGCGUCUCACCAGGAGUGGACGCAAUCAAUUGCCAGGACUUACCUAUGGAAAUUUCUCAUAUCCAGGCGAACCUAGAGCAGAUCCGCGAAAAGCUUCAACGUGCGCAGGACGCCGCCGCGUUCCCUACUACUAUGAAGAAUCUGGUCUGGCCAUUCCGCGAGGACGAGACUGUCGAGUGGGCUAAUGACCUAAGUGAAUGCAGAGAUCGUAUCCAAGCAACGACCCUUGCAAGUGGUUUGCGAUUACAGAUAUUGACACUGGGGGAAAUCAAGGAUUUGCGAAGCAAGAUGGAGUCAGCUGAAACAGGUACAAAUGAACUUACCUGCUUGAUCUAGCCGUGUUGGGAUUAUCUAACAAGCGCCUCGAUGCUUAGAACGUUGUAGAAAUUUUAUUUUGGACUGGAUCUCUGAUGACGGAUGGAAAAAGAAACAAAAAGAGCUUGUCUCGGUUCAUCAUCCAGACACGGGGGAAUGGAUUUUCGAGACCGUUGAACUUCAAAAAUGGAUCAACCAUUCUAUAAACACAUUGUGGUGUUGUGGUAGCCGUCAGUAUUGCUUGUCCGUACUAAGUUCGCGUCAUCCAUCUGCUAAUACACGAU